AGAACCUUCCAGUUCAUUCAGGAGCUGAAGAACUUCAAGAAAACGAGGCAAAAAAAAAAAAAAAAUGUCCAACCCGACCCCAGUGUCCAAACCCGGCAAUGCGGAGAACCCGAGAGCUUUCUUCGAUGUAGAAAUCGGCGGUGAAAAAGCCGGCCGCAUCGUGUUCGAGCUCUUCGCUGACGUCGUCCCUAAGACGGCGGAGAAUUUCCGCGCUCUGUGCACCGGCGAGAAGGGGCUCGGCAAAAGCACCGGGAAACCUCUGCACUUCAAGGGAUGUCCUUUUCACCGCAUCAUCAAGAAGUUCAUGGUGCAGGGAGGAGAUUUCUCGAAUCAGAACGGCACGGGAGGAGAGAGCAUCUACGGGGACAAGUUCGAGGAUGAAAACUUCCACUAUCAGCACGACAAAGAGGGCCUGCUGAGCAUGGCCAACGCCGGGCCCAACACCAACGGCUCGCAGUUCUUCAUCACCACCGUGCCCACGUCUCACCUGGAUGGCAAACACGUGGUGUUCGGGCAGGUACUGAAGGGCAUGGGCGUGGUCAAGAUGCUGGAGGCCGUCGAGACCGAGGGAGAUCAUCCGGUCAAGCCAUGUGUAAUUGCCGAUUGUGGAGAGCAUAAAGCAGGUGAUCACUGGGGCGUGGCUUCUAACGACGGCUCCGGAGACAUGCACCCAGACUUCCCUGAGGACUCGGACGUCGACUUUAACGAUGCUGAUAAAGUCUUGUCUGUGGCGGAGGACAUCAAAAAUAUCGGGAACAACUUUUUUAAAUCCCAGAACUGGCAGGCUGCUGUAAACAAGUACUCCAAAGCUCUUCGGUAUUUAGAGUACUGUGGCAGUGCUCUGGAUGAUGAGAGCGCACAGAAGAAGCUGGAGCCCACGGCUCUGAGCUGCAUCCUCAACACAGCAGCCUGUAAACUCAAACUCCAGCAGUGGCAGGAGGCCGUCGAGAGCUGCGAUGAGGCUCUGGAGCUGAAUCAGACUCACGCUAAGGCAUUGUUCAGGAGAGCGCAGGCUUGGCAAGGCCUCAAGGAGUUCGACAAGGCCAUGAUCGAUCUGAAGAAAGCACAGGAGAUUGCACCGGACGACAAAGCUAUUGCAAACGAGAUGCUGAGGGUCAAGCAGAAAGUGAAGGAGGAGAAGGAGAGAGAGAAGAAGAUUUACUCCAAAAUGUUUGCGUAAACGAGUCGGCCGUGCCGUGAUCUACACGAGCUCGUGUCUUUUUGCUCACCAGUCACUAACGUAGUUGUACAAGUAAAUCCAGAAGAAUUUCGAGCCAGGGAUCUGAACCCUGAUAAAGAUAUGCAGUUAACAGAAAGGAGUUUUAAGAGAAUAGGAUCCAUUAUAGAUAGCAUACAAUACUUGAAUAUGCGUGAACGUUGUAAACAUGAACGUGUAGGUCUGACGUUCGGGUUGCGUAUAGACUACUGUUUAAAACCUUUAUUUAAUCAGACCUUUAAGACUCAGAUCGGUUGUUUGUCUUUAUAUUUAUUUAUCGGAAAGCUUGCCGUUUCAUCGUCGGAUGGAUUUAAGACUAAAAGGAAAUGUUUCGCUGUAAGAUCUCAAUUAGUUCACUGUGAUAAUGUAAACUCAUCCUCACAAUAAACGUGAUGUUUAAAGAUGAGAAUAAAAACAGAUGCU